AUGAGCUGCGAAGAGGGCGACGGCUGCUUCGAGCCUGUCUCUCUGUUCUGCGUCACCAAGGCCUCGGUCGUAGUCACCGCUGUUGGCAAGCACCUUGUGGCCACCUUUGGCGAGACAACGACCGGGACGACGACGACGGCCGAGUCGCACCCGCACGGCAAGCGUGUGGUGGCCAUGGCAGCGACCGGAGAAGGCGAUGUGCUGGUCUCGGUGGCUGCGGAUAAGAGUAUUGCGGCGUGGAAGCUGCCGGCGCUGGAGCUGCUGGCCACGUCGGCCGUCGACCGCAAGGCCUCGGGCGUGGCGAUCUCGCCCGACGGCAGCGAGGUGGUGGUGUGCGACAAGGUCGGCGACGUCUUUGCCUUUUCGCUGCCGGGCCUGGUGCGGAGGACAGACAUGGGCGAGGCCGAUCGCGGACACCGCAUUGUCGGGCACGUGUCGAUGGUGACCGAUGUGGCCUUUAAGGUCCGCCUCUCCGAGUACCCCAAGUCGUACAACAUUGCUGAGUACUGCCUCGGUCACACCCAGUUUGUGGCCUGCCUUGCCACCGUCCCGGGCGCGCCGCUGCUGAUCUCUGGCGGUGGCGACGGGAACGUGGCCGUGUGGCGGGUUCCGACGGGCGAGCAGGUCGGCCCCAUGCUCCACGCCAUCUCCGGCACUAAGCCGACGCCUCUUGCCGUCCACAACCACGACAUGGCCUCCGGCGAGCCGUUUGUGCCUGUCGGCCACUGCACCCACACCGAUCCCGAGUCCGACUCGAUGGUCACUUGCGUCGCCGUCGCUCCCGACGCAGCCCUCGUCGCCGCCAUCGUCUCGGGCCAUCCGACCGUCUACCUCUUUGCCAUGGACUCGGCCGCAGGCCUCGCUCCCGCCGGCUCUGUCGAGCUCGGCGGCGCGACCCUCCCCGACGGCACCGUCCUCGCCGCCGACGUCCAGCCGCUCAGCGUCACCUUUGACGCCGCCGGUCGCCUCUGGACCUCGCUCUACACCGACGCCCCGGGCACCCCGCUGAUGGCAUGCUUCGAGCGCCCCGAGCCCAACGCGCCCAUGGCCCACGUCGCCGCCGACUCGCCCAUCGCCGCCACCCUCGCCGCCAUCGCUGUCGCCGCCUCCAUCCCGCGCGACUUCCAGGCCGGCCAGGACCCUCUCUCGGUUGGCAUCCCGCUCAACCAGCUCCGUAAGCGCAAGAAGGUCCACUCGCCCACCGACCGUACCAAGCGUGUUGCCGCCCGCGCACCCUCUACCGUCCUCGCCGCCGCCAGCACUUCAACCAACUAG